AUGGUGAAUACUAAAGCUCCGCGCUGGCAACAAAUCUAUGCCAUUCCCGGUAUGCUGAUUUUCGGUACUGCCACUGUCGUUACACAGAAAUUUUUGUUCGAACAACAAGGCCAAGGCAGUGCAAAGUAUGGCUAUCACGGAUUCCAUAAGCCAUGGUUCCAAACAGACACAAUGUUCAUGGGUAUGACUCUUUCUCUCUUAGCUUAUUUAAUUCUCGGAAAGAAGGACCGCAAGGAAACUAAUUCCGAAGUUCAAGAAACAAAGAAAUGCAAUUGGAAGUUAAUUUUCGGCGGUGCUCUCCCAGCUAUUUGCGAUCUUUCAGCUACUUCUCUUAUGAACGUUCAACUUCUUUACAUACAAGCUUCUGUUUGGCAGAUGCUUCGUGGUUCAAUGGUUAUUUUCUCAUCCCUCUUCUGCGCAUUCAUCCUUAAACGUCCACACUUCCCAUACAUGUGGUGGUCAAUCCUUGCUGUCGUUAUUGCUCUUACAGUUGUCGGUGUUGCUUGUGUAUGCUCAACAGGCGCUGGCAAGGAAGGUGUUUCACAAGGCAGAGUUAUUAUGGCCGUCUUCUUAACAAUUGUUGCCCAAAUUAUUCAGGCAUCUCAACUUGUCAUCGAAGACUUCAUUCUCCACGACUUAGAUACUCACCCUCUCCAACUCGUUGGCCUUAAGGGCUUCUGGGGUUGGGUCCUUUGCACAUCAAUCUGCUUCCCAAUUGUCCAAUUUACACAUUCUGAAGAAGGCAAUGGUGUCCACGAAGACUUAAUCGAUACAUUCGCAAUGCUUAAGAGCAACAGUAUCAUUUUGGUUUUCAUUGUCCUUUACAUUGUUUUCAUUUUACUUUAUAACAUCGGUGGAAUGCUUGUUACAAACGUUUUCUCCGCUGUUCACCGUACAAUUCUCGAAGGUCUUCGUACACUCUGCAUCUGGGGCGUCCAGCUCAUCCUCUACUACGCAAUGCAUAACAAUCAUCCAUCAAUUGGCGAACCAUGGACAAGAUGGAGCUUCCUCCAACUUGCCGGCUUCAGCCUUCUCUUCACUGGAUCAUUAAUGUACAAUAAGAUCAUCAGACUUCCAUGUUUUACAUAUCCAGACGAUAUUGAUAUAAUGAAGUCAUCCCAACCUCUUCUUUCCUCUACAAAUGAUCAAUCUUCAUCUGUGAAGAUAUAA